GACUCGGGCUCGGCGGAGAAGGACGACCGUCCCCUACAAGCCUCCGAUGAGCUUCGUGUGUUGAGUAACGGCGCCAACAACGGGGCCCUCAAUGAAAAGGGUGAGUACUCGGAUGGGUCUGGAUCCGAGGGUUUGGAGGGCGAAGAAGGUGAAGAAGACGAGCUUCCACCGACUUUGCUGACGAGUAAUAAUUUCAUGCAAUGCCCCAUGUCUGAGGGCAAGGCCAGUGGGGCAGGGGCAGAUGCAAAUGAGGAGGCCAAGAACAAGCAGCCGGCAGAGAUCGUUUCGAAAGUAGCCGGUGAAGACCGUGAGAAGAAGCUGCUGGUCCGCAGCAUCCUCCGCAGGGGCUACUCUGACGCCUCCGAGCGACUCUUGCGAGCCAGGACAUUCCAGGAGAUGGACAAGGACGAUAACUUUGUGGCUCCCCAGCGAAGCCCCGACGAGGAGCAUCUCGAUGUGCCAAGCACCGGGGCCACCAAGCUCCACCAAGAGUGUGAGGAUCCGGACGAAUCCGGAUCCGAAUGCUCAGACGAGCGUUCAGAUGAGGAGUCGGAAGCCUCUGCAGAUGUGGUCGGUGGUCCGGAUGAAGAGGCUGAGAAGGUGGAUUCGGAAGCCUCUGCAGAUGUGGUCGGCGGUCCGGAUGAAGAGGCUGAGAAGGUGGAAACCGUGGAGACCAACGGCAGUACAGGACCCGUCAUAAGGCGGGAAGUGCCGUUGUCCUGCCAGUCGCUGCUGACGGAUCCGUUUGAGGUUGCAGUGAAGAGGCAAUCGCCGCCUUCCUCCAUAUUGGUCCGCGAUGCCACGAAGCCCAGACCGAAGAAGACUCUUCGGUUCUCGGAGCACGUCGACCACAGAUCAAUCAGCCCCAGACCCCGGUCCGCAUCGGCUCCCGAAAACUCCGGAACCGCAGACAAGCCUCACGGAAAGAAAAGGGCAGCCCAAUUCGGGCCGUCCACAGUCACCACACCCGUGCCGGUGCAGAGCUCUAGCUUUUCGGAGUUCUUGUUCCUCCCACCAGUUCCUGAAAACAAGACAGAGCCACCGCUGUCCAACUUCUUGUUUUCCCCAAACGGCAGCUCAGCUCAGCACGCAGUGCCCUCGAUUGAGAUGGAGAGCAGCCGCCGAAGCGGGGAGGAGCAUCAUCCCGGCUGUGACCACCACCACAGCAGCGAUGCCCACCAUCACAGCAGUGAUGCCCACCGCAGCAGUGAGGCCCACGACCGCGGCAGUGGCUCGAUGGUCCAUGAUUCCUCGCCAUGUCAGGUUGCUGACCAGAUGGCCGGGGAGGCCCACGAGCGUGGCCUGGGGUGCAGCUUGGAGCAGCGUGUCUUGGAGCGCGCCUAUUUUCUUUUCCAGAAUGGCCACAGCUCUGACGCGGAUGAAAACUAUUUCACCGCGCUGAGAAUCGAGAUGACACUCAGCAGCGCGUGA